UUCGCAGAGAUGGAGUUUCUGCAGAAUCAUCACACGGUGAACACCUCCGAACCGCCGUACACCCUUGGCACAGGUUCGGUGGGAAGUAUCGAGGCAACCAUACCUUCCGGUCUCUGCACCGGGCCUCUCGGGGUGCUGUCCAGCGAAGACACCCUAACAGAUAAUCAAAACGAGGAGACUCUGGGUGCUCUGCAGGGUACCCUACGUCUUCAAGAUCUGCAGAACUCUCCAGAAGACAUUGGUGGUGAUCACAACCAACAGAUCCAAAAUUCUGGACAGAAUCAAGUGGUCAGUGAGUUCGGGGCUAGCUUCUGGGUCGAUGAUAUGGCUGGCUUUCCUUUGCCACCGCUGGACUUGGACCCUUUACCACCUGGUCUCUUCAGCCCAUGCUCGGGAACCUAUAAUUGGGGUUGCACCAGAGGAGAAUGUGCGCCAAGAACGAGCAACGCAAAUGGAGAAGGUGUCGCGGAUGUGUUACUAUCGUUAAAACAUGCUGUCGUCCAUCCCGGAAGUCCUACCGGCGGAUACUACUCGACAGGGGGAUCGAGUCAUCAUUAUUCCCAGGAUUACACGCAAAAUCUGGGCCCACCCGUGCCACCCACGCAUUAUGCGUCAACUCCAGCCAUGUCUGUCAACGUUUCCAUGAAUAUGACCAUGAAUAUGAACAUGCACUCUGGGUACGAGCAAAGCUAUUCGUCGGCGUGGGGCGUGGAACCCCUGUUAAGUCCCGCCCAGCAGUAUAAUCCUGUGGAGCAGCAGACGAGGGUGAAUCAACCCCCGGCCAAUAGCCUGAUCGGCACCAGCACCCAUCCUCAUUCGCAUCCCCCGGCGCACAGCCAUUCCAGGCUGCAAUUGUCCAGUGAACAUGCGCUGUGCAUAGGCGCCACCGGGAACCCAGUCACACCCGACGACAAUGGCAGACCUAACCUCUGUAGAAUUUGCGGCAAGUCGUAUGCGCGGCCGAGCACCCUCAAGACACAUCUUAGAACGCACUCUGGGGAGAAACCGUUUAGGUGUCACGCGUGCUCAAAGGCAUUUAGUCAAGCCGCGAAUUUAACUGCCCACGCUAGAACUCAUUCCGGAGAAAAACCGUUUCGAUGCCCCGUGUGCGAUCGAAGAUUUUCGCAAAGCAGUUCCGUAACCACACACAUGAGAACGCAUUCAGGAGAACGUCCGUAUAGAUGUCGAUUCUGCAAGAAAGCAUUUUCGGACAGUUCUACUUUAACCAAACAUCUUCGUAUUCACUCUGGCGAGAAACCGUACCAGUGUAAGCUGUGCUUGCUGAGGUUUAGUCAGAGCGGUAAUCUCAACAGGCAUAUGAGAGUCCAUGGUGGCUCUCUAACGUGA